UCGCCGUCGUCGCGUCCCUCCACUCGUCCACUCAUUCCAUCCAUCAACAUCCUCUUCCCAUCCACAUGCCCCGCAAGAGCAACCCACGCCCGGGGCGAGCUCAGAGCCCUCCAAGCCCCGUCCCCCAAUCCUAUCCAGGCAAGAAGUCGGAUGGUCGCGGUCUCGACGAACCCCUCUGGAUCGCCUGCCGCGACAUGCUUGAUGCCGUAUUCAAGGCAAAGAGUCAAGGGCGGCGCAUGGCAGAGAUCUUUAUCGAGCUCCCCGACGCAGAAGACUAUGCCGACUACUACCAAGCCAUCCCAGACCCCAUCUGUCUCAACAUGAUCAAUUCACGCCUGAGUGAAAUCUACUACAUGCACCCGGAAGACUUCUUCAAGCAGCUUCACCUGGUCUUUCUCAAUGCAAUGCACUACAACGAGGAGGGCUCGCAGGUCUGGAACGAUGCCAAGCAGUACGAGGAAAUGAUGUUUGACAUGUGGAGGAAGGGUGUGGCAAACGGGCCAUUCACCAGCCUCGACCCAUAUCACAAGGGCAGGAAGCAGAUGAAGGCCGCGGCUGCGAGAGCCUCUGCUGCCUCUGGCUCGGCGUCCGAGUCACCAGCGGUCGUCAAGAGCGAGCUACCGGCCGUCGACGCACCGCCAGUCAUACAUUUGCGCGUCUCCAAACCCGAGGCCCCCCCUGCUGCGAGCGGCAGCGCCUCUCAUCCACCACCACAGCCUCCUACAGCCUCGCCAGCUUCGAGGGAGACGCGGGGGACGCGCGCCGCCGCAGUUGCUGCGACAGCGAAGAUGACCUCUCCGGUCAAGUCGACACAGCACCUUCCGCCCCCGCAUGCAGCGCGACCCUUUGGCCCUACAGGAUACCACGGCCUCAGCGCUGAGAACAACGCCGUCGUCGCAGCUACCGACGCCUCUUUCCCCAAAUGGCCAGGACCCAGUGCCCAAUUGCCAGGCGAUCCAGCACCUGGAGGACAUCCUGGGAGCGGGUGGUGGGGAGAAGGAUCACCCGACUACGAACGCUCUGUAGGCGGCCCGGCCAGCUACAAGCAGCGCAUCCACGCCGUCGCUGAGGCCCUCGCCGCUUACAAAGACCCUUCCGGCAAUGUUCUGUCAUCCGUUUUCGCCAACAUCCCUCCCCAUGUCAACCUUCCAUACCUAUCGCCGCCAGCGACGGCCGUCCCAGCGUUCAGCCAGAUUCUCACAAACGCACGCAACGGUCGGUACUCCGUGCUUGUCGAAUUCGACAUGGAGAUGGCCAAGCUGUUCGAGAAGGCUCGUCGCUUCUUCGAAGGGCGCCCAGUCGAAUACGGCAGGGUACUCACUCUCCAGCGUCUCUACAAUGCCUUGACGGCCCCCUUCCCCCUCAAGCUUCCCAUUCCCAUGCCGUCGUCCACUCUGUUCGCCUCCUUGCCAUCUGGCCCCGGGAAUCCACGCACCAUGACUGUGCAGGAGGCGCACGACGCUGUCCGCGCUGGCGCACCACCAGAAGUCGCUAACCAGGGCAUCACCACGUACCGCAUCCCUUCCAAGGACCGCAUCUUCACAGAGGAGGCCCGUCACAAGGGCGUCUCGUAUCGUGCUGGCGAGUAUGUGCACCUCAUCAACCCAGAUGACGCGUCCAAGCCGAUCAUCGGUCACAUUUUCAAGACGUUCCUCCCCACGCAAGGAUUCCCUACCCAUCACGUCACCGUAUGCUGGUACUACCGCCCCGAGCAAACAGUGCACAUUGGCGAGCAGAUGUACUUUGAAAAUGAGGUGGUCAAGUCUGUGUACUUCUGUGACCAUCCCAUUGAAGACGUUAUCGAGAAGGUGGCGGUCCAGCCGUGGAGCGCUGCUGAGAUGGGCCGCCCACAGCCGCAGGUGUGGCACCCUGGCUUCCCGCUCUACACUGCGCGUUCACGGUACAUUGACAAGGCACACUUCCUGCUCGAAGUCAAGGACUGGAAAAAGCUGCAGCCUGAGGGCGCAAGCCUCCUGCAUUAUUUCACCAAUGUGGUGCCAUUCAAGCACAAGAUCCAGCUGCCUUUGGUGAAAUCGCCUCUGCUGCGAGGUAUCAAGGGUCCAGGGAGCAUCGGACGGCCGAAGCGUCAAGCGAUGCCCGACGACAACGAGAGCAUGGACAUGCAGGUGGCGUACGGUCGCGCUGCUCCACCAGCCAUGCGUAUGCCUGAGCAACGCCCGCCCCAUCCGUCCAACCGUUCCUCCUUCAGCCAGCAGGCACCGACCCCACACCAGCGCCCGACACCAACGCCUGGGCCGUCGCGCACUCCCUCCACACCGGCAGUGCAACAACAGCAGCGUGGCCACCCGCAACAGCGCCAGCAGUCAUGGCAGCACCAGCAGCGGUCGCAGCAGGCGCCUACAUUCCCCGACCGCACGUUUGCAAGCGUGACGGGCGGCGCGCAGGUGCUCGAGCAGGUCGCGGUGCGCGAGUUCCUCCCACCCGAGACGGCCAAGCUGUUCGAGCAGGAUGCGCGCCACCAGGUGCUGUGGUUCAGCGGGCCACCACUCCCGCAGGGCGCGGUGCAGAUCCCCUCACCCCCCAGUCACAGCUUGGAGUACCUUGCGUUCUUGAGCAAGCGGCGGCGGGGAGAGAGCAAGGCCGCGGCGCGCCCUGCGAAUGGCAAACGCUUCAAGACUGACGGAGGGACGGAGCAGGUUGAGGAGGGCGACGCCGAGGGUGAAGAGGAGGAGCUGGACCUGACAUCCGAGUGGUGGACACUCGGAUUGACACCGGAUCAGGUGUUCGCGAGCCUCAAGACCGUCAUGAAUGGUCCCGCGUAAUAUUGUAUUGUUGUGUAUGCAGCGGUCCACAAUACCAGUUGGAGUGCGAAAUACACAUUGCAAAUGUACAGAAGAAACGAGAACUGGUAUACUACCG